AUCAGGGCUGAUGCUAUCGUACAAACGCAGCUGCACGAAACGACAUCUAUACUGGCCAGGGAGUCACAGACAUUUAUGCACGAUGCUUCCGUGCAUGUGUGGUGCACACACGUAGACCACAGCGGGCUCUGCUGUAGGGAGGAAAGCGUUGCGCGCUUUCCUCCCUACAGCAGAGCCCGCUGUGUUCAGUGUUGGUUGAGUCGGGUGGGUGAGGCGUCAGUUGAGGCUGACGCCUCACCCACCCGACUCAACACUGAACACGAGUCCAAAUACUCACGACCACUCCUGACUACCUGAGUGCAUAAAAAUGAGAGCGGCAGAUAAAACGAGCCAAGGCAAGACAGAGGCUGCACUAGACUACAUCGCCGUCACACGAAGCCACCCACGGACGCAUAGAUGUGCUGAUAAAAAGUCACUGCAUACAAUUGACUCAAACUCAGACAAAAUUCAUGGCUGGCGCCGUGGGGAGCCAGUAACAGCACACGACACGGAAACGAAACGACACACAUGCACACAUGCCACCACGCACAGGGACGAACGGACACACAUGCACGCGACGUGUGCAGUCUCCUGGUAAAAAUGAGAGACUACCUGACCACACAUAGACGCACCGGACAUGCACGCACGCACGGCCUUUUGCUCAAAAGCGGGGAAAAGGAGAGGGGGUGCGUGCGGGCGGAAUCAGGGGCGAAGGUGGAAUGGGGUAGUCACGCAAGUCUUCUUGAGUAACGAUGAUAUCAGCAUCUUCGCCGUCAGAAAGAUUCUCGAUAUCGAAGCCUGACAACCGACAAUGCAGCUAUGGACAAACGCAGCGGCAUUGUUUGGUUGCGUACCUGAACGUGGCCGUCGGCAGCCACACCUCACCCUCUUGCAAAUCCCACAGCGCGCCAUCGGGGCCGGGGCCGGACUAGUAGCUCGAUACAUGACCGUCUCGCCGCGGUUGUUCAUUGCCGUGGUGAAUUUCGGCUUGUGCGGCGGCUGUGUCAGGGUGUUCAUGUUGAGCCUGACGCGAAUGCGGUCCUGCUUGGGGCCGAGGAAGCACGUACGACGACGGUGCGGGUUCCUGCGGAAGAACUCGUCAGCCUUCUUGAACAUUGCCAGGCGGCGGUUGCCCUGCACGCACACGCAAGCGAGUGUGUGUGUACAGACAAGCUCACUAUCCCGCACGCACCAGCGCAUGAAGGCGAGUCUGGUGGACGAUGACGUCGAAUGCAGGUAUGUCACCUGCACUGACCCGGCCGGCCGUGAGAUCGUCCACCCCCUGCUGCAGCGUCCUUCCGUCAUUGAAUCUCGUCCCGACGCUGUCAUGACUCCAGUAGACAGCCGAGAUGGGCACCUCAAACUCCAACUCUCUGCACUCACAACACGUCAGAAAUCAGAAUGCGGCAUGGCAACAGCUUGCUCACCUCUCGCUCGCGCGUAGCGGCGCCCUCACGAAUCGCAUGCCGAAAUGGGUGAAGUUGAGCCUUGGACUGGAGCAGCAUUUCUUGGACACACUCUCCUCCACAAUGUGGCGGCCCUCUCGAUUGCUGAGAAGCAGAGUGGUGUCCGUGCAGCGGCAUUUCCAGUUGAGGCACUCCACAUCGAUGUCGAACAGCAGCAGGCCGCGAUGGACCGACUUCAUGGCCACCCACACCUCGUGGACGCCCAGGGGGAAGCACCCGCAUUGCAUCUGCCUCGCCAUCACGUUCUCCCCGUAGUCGGCCCCAUACAUGUUGAUCUUGGACUUGCCGUGUCGAGGGCACUCACCGCGGAUUUCAAUGUCAAUGCCACCUUUGUGCAUCACUGCACACUCGGGACAGCUGCGGCAUGGCUCGGAAGAAGAUCUCUUCCAGCUGUCGGGCUCCCAAUGUCGGCCAACAGUGCCAGUGCGCGACAUCGGGACAAGGGGGGAAGCUGGGCCUGCACGGUUUCUUGCUG